CUUCCUCCUUCAUCUGCAAAGUUGGAUGCUCCCCCUCCGCCUCCUCCACCACCACGUCCUCCUUCAUCUGCAAAGUUGGGUGCUCCCCUUCCGCCUCCUCCACCACCACUUCCUCCUUCAUCUGCAAAGUUGGGUGCGCCCCCUCCGCCUCCACCACCACCACGUCCUCCUUCAUCUGCAAAGUUGGGUGCUCCCCCUCCGCCUCCACCACCACUACUAUCCAAGACCCUUGCUUCCCCUAGGCCAGCUCUAUCCAAGACCCCUGCUCCCCCUCCUCCGCCAGCUUUGGGUCGUGGGACAAGUAGUGGCCCACCACCACUGGGAGCAAAAGGUUUAAAUGCACCUCCGCCACCUCCUGCUGCAGGAAGGGGCAGAGCUUCCUCGGGACUUGGAAGAGGCCGAGGUGUAAGUGUGCCUACUGCUGCACCUAAGAGAACCGUGCUAAAGCCUUUGCAUUGGUCUAAAGUUACUCGGGCAGCAAUAGGUAGUUUAUGGGCUGAUACUCAGAAACAGGAAAAUCAACCACGUGCCCCUGAAAUAGAUAUAUCAGAGCUCGAGAGUCUUUUUUCUGCAGCUUCAGAUACGACUGCUAAGAAAAGCACAGGUCGCCGUUCGAGUAUCAGCAAACCUGAAAAAGUUCAACUGGUUGACCUGCGAAGAGCAAAUAACUGUGAAAUAAUGCUUACGAAAAUAAAGAUUCCUCUACCAGAUAUGCUUAGCGCAGUUCUAGCCUUAGAUUCGUCAGUUCUGGACAUCGACCAGGUUGAAAAUCUCAUCAAGUUUUGUCCGACGAAGGAAGAAAUGGAAUUGUUGAGGAAUUAUACUGGUGACAAAGAAAUGCUUGGAAAGUGUGAACAGUUUUUCUUGGAACUAAUGAAGGUUCCACGUAUAGAAGCAAAGUUACGAGUGUUUGGCUUCAAGAUUACCUUUGCUUCUCAGGCGGAAGACUUAAAAAGCUGCCUUACUACAAUAAACGCUGCUACUAAAGAGGUGAAGGAGUCUGCAAAGUUGCGUCAGAUUAUGCAAACAAUUUUAACACUGGGAAAUGCUCUAAAUCAGGGAACUGCAAGAGGGUCUGCUGUGGGUUUCAAACUGGAUAGUCUUCUUAAAUUAUCCGACACUCGUGCAAGAAAUAACAAAAUGACUUUGAUGCAUUACUUAUGCAAGCUUGUUGGUGAAAAAAUGCCAGAGUUGCUGGAUUUUGCUAAUGACCUUGUUCACUUGGAAGCUGCCUCGAAGAUUGAAUUGAAAACAUUGGCUGAAGAAAUGCAGGCGGCUGAUAAAGGCCUUAAAAAGGUUGUGCAAGAACUCGUAGCUUCAGAAAACGAUGGUGCAAUUUCUCUGGGUUUCCGGAAGGUAUUGAAGGAGUUUCUUGAUAUCGCUGAAGCAGAAGUGAGGUUGCUUGCUUCCUUAUAUAAAGAAUCUGGAGGAAAUGCAGAUUCCUUGUGCCAGUACUUCGGUGAGGAUCCAGCUCGGUGUCCUUUCGAACAAGUGACCAAGAUUCUGACUCUUUUCAUGAAAACGUUCAUCAAAUCUCGAGAGGAGAAUGAAAAACAGGCCGAGGCUGACAAGAAGAAGCUGGAGAAAGAUGCAACUAAAGAGGCGCCAUUGGCAAACAAAGAUAACGAAUGAUGUUAACCUCCAGAAUCCAUAGACAUGGAACGUUAACAACCCGAGGGUUUCAGACCGAUGAAAGAUUUGUUUUAUAGUACUCGAUGUUGCACAUACCAAACACGAGCAGAGAUCUUUUCCUAGAUCAUAGACAACUUUGAUGAUGGAAGUAUAAACUCUAUAUGAUCAUCACUUCAUUCAUUGAUGUAAUCCGAGCUUCGUGUGUAUGUCCUAGAAAAUAUUUGAAACUUGUAUAUCUUUUUUGAAAGAAUAAUAAUUUUCUUUACAUUCUA